AUGGACUCGCCUCUGCCGGCACACUGCUCCAAGCACCGUCCCCUCCUCCGUCACCCCUUCCGUCGCCUCCUCUUCCACCUCGCACAGCGCGACGACGGCGCAUCCAACGGCACCGCUCUCUGGCUCGGUGCACAGUGUCUCUCCCUCUACUUGGCCGACAAUGUCAGCCCUCCUCGCCGCACAGCCCGUCCCAGAGCCAUCGAACUCGGCAGCGGCAUAGGCCUCUCUGCGCUCGCCUUGAGCGCUAUGGGAUGGGACGUCGUCGCGACGGAUCUCCCAGAGGUCAUAUCCAGCGUCCUUGCCGGCAACGUCGCACGUAAUGCCUCCCAUCUGCCCUCUGACAGCGGACUCAUUCAAGUCCGCGCAUUGGACUGGACUGUGGCCCCAGACGAGUGGGUUUGGACCAACACGCGCUUCAUCGCGUCUCCCCUUCAGGGCCAGUUUGAAGACACGGGGACCACACUAGAGCCGCCCUUUGAUCUCAUCAUAUCCGCAGAUACACUCUACUCGACAGACAUUGUACAGCCGCUUCUCCGUGCUCUACAUAGCCUCGCCAGACUAUCAACAAUCCGGGCACCUGCUGCCCGUCCCCCACAAGUGUAUCUCUGCAUUGAGAGACGUGACCCGGCGCUCAUCGACCACGCCCUGCGUGAUGCGCAUGACGUGUGGAAUUUCAUGGUAGAACGUGUGCCUCACAAAAAAGUAGCCAAGGCCAUGGAGCGAGGUGGGGCAAAGUGGAAGAAGGAGGACUGGGAAGGCAUAGAGAUUUGGAAGUUGACGUAUGGCGGUACGCUCGAUACCGAUCCUCGGGCAAAUUACAUACCGUCGACUGCGGCGGAUCAUGAGCCGUGA